UAUGUGUGAGAAGCAGAUCCCAUCAUCAUCUCCCCAGGGAACAACCAUUCCGGUUUCCAUCCAACAAUUUAUUUCUUUCUCAUUUUUAUCUCUACCACUCAACUGCUCGACUUGUGGCUUACAAAAGUAUAACUGCACGUGGUUGGAACUUGAAAACACACAAACACAGAAAUGGAGAAUGGGAUGUUGAAGACAGAGGCUCUUCUGAGGCUCUCCGCCAUUGGAGUUUUAGUUUUAACAGCUUGUCUUGUCGGAACAAACACACAAACCAAGCAUGUCUUUUUCUCUGUUGAGAGGAAAGCAACCGUCAAAGACUUAGAUGCUCUCGUGAUUUUGGUGAUUGUGGAGUCUGUUACUGCUUUCUAUCAUCUUCUCCAACUAGGCAAAUAUUUUGCCUUUCCUCGAUUCAAAGAAAAGAAAGCCAUCUCAUAUGAAACUCAGGCAUGGAUUUGUUUCAUGUUAGACCAGAUAGUAACCUAUGUUAACUUUGGAGCAACCGUGGCUGCCGCUCAGGCAUCAAUGUUAGCAGUAACUGGGUCAAGAGAUUUCCAAUGGAUGAAGGUGUGCAGGAUUUAUAAAAGGUUUUGUUUUCAGAUUGGAGGUUCCCUCACCUGCGGCCUCGUUGCAUCCAUUCUAAUGAUUAUGAUAUCAACUUUCUCAGCCUUCAAUUUGUUCAGGCUUUACUCCCCAAAACGCUUCCUUGUCUUCAAAGGUUGAGAUCGACCAUAUGGCCUUGCUUGAACUUGCUAAUUUUAUUCUCUCUUUAUUGUUGUCUUAUAAGUGUAUAUCUAAGGCUGGUGCAUCCUCCAAGCCGCUUUGUUUUUGAUAAACAAAUUGAUCCAUGAAACUGGAAACUUUAUGUGGGCUUACCUACCAUUCUUGAUGAAACAUCUAUUUUGCCCUCAGACUCUCGGGAUGUUAUUGCAGCGCUUAAAGAAAAGACUUUGAUAUUCCAUGCUUC